AUGGCUGCCCUGCUCAUAGCCCGCUCCAUGGCCUUCGAUAUCGACGCCGAAAUGGACUCUCUUCUCAACGGCUUAAGCAACGAGGACCUGUGUGGUUUCGUAGAAGCCUUUGAAAGCUCCGACGACUUUGACACAACGAUGCUAAGCGUUUACGUUCACGUACUCAUCUUCAGAAGAACAGACGACAUUGGAAAACUGGAACAAGCUAUCCGGCGAACGAAGGAAUGGGUUGAGAAAACUUCAGGGGAUCGCCCGGAACGAGCUGUGCAGCUGCGCAUCCUUGUCCAAAUGCUGGGAGAACUGACACGCCAUAAACUUGGGUCAAUGAGCCCAGUGACAGCAAAGAACAAUGGGUUCGUCGAUAAAGCUAUGGUAAAAGACGUUGAUUACGCCAUUGAGGUUGCUGAUGCAGCCCUGAAAGCGACACCUGAAGACCACCCUGAUCGACUUGCCAUCUUGAAUGACCUCGCGGCCUGGCUUGGUAUCCAAUUUCUAUGGGGAGCUUCUCCAAGUUAUCUUUCUCGUGCCGUUGGAAUUGCACGGGAAGCGUUGAAUGUUACUCCCCCGGACCACCAAUAUCGACCUACAGUUUUAGCAAACCUUGGGUCCUGGCAUACUAUGCUGUAUAAGCAUACGAGAUCUCUAGAUGACCUGAAUUAUGCCAUCCAGUUGGCACGCGAGGCACUUAGUCUGACACCAGAGGGGCAUAAUGAUCUUGCGACAGCAUUAACGAAUCUUGCAAGCCGGCUACAUAUUCGCUUUGGGCAUAAUGGCUCGUGGGCAGAUCUUGAUGAAGCGAUCAAUCUCGAAACUAGGGCAUCGGGCAUCAUACCCCAAGAUCACCCUGAACGGCCCAAUAUAUUGAUCAACCUCGCAGCCUGGCUGGGUACACGAUAUCAACGAACCCGUUCAACAGUCGAUCUCAGCUCUGCCGUGGAUCUUGCACGGGUGGCCUUGGCUCUUAUUCCCGAUGUAAGAGCUGCUUGGGACAUUGCAGAUCGAAAUCUGCAAGUAUUGCUAAGUAUGCAAAUGGAUCAGCUAGAUAUGGCUAUUGACUAUCCGCCUCUUGCUGGCGCUGAUACAGCUGGUGGUCCAACCACGUCUGUUUUCCUUGAGGGUGGAGACGUUGCGUCGCCCGAUUCCAUCAACCAGGUUGUGCCGCAGUCAAAGAGUACAAGAUUGGAUUUUGAGUCGACUCCAACAGUUGAAGACAUUCGUCAUGUUAUUGAGCACGCUAACUCCGCCAACGUUGGCAGCAAUUUCCAGCGCACAUGUAAAGUAUACUGGAAUAUGCGGGAGUUCUGUGAACAGGAGCUGGAACCUGGCUUCGAUCUUCGUUCCGUCGUCACUCUCACUGGAACACCAACACGUGCUGAAACAAACACUUGCGGUGAAUUCAUGAAGAAUGUAUGGGGCUCCUCAGCGCUUCUCGACUUUCUUAUAACGUUCUUAAAAGACUCUGUGGCAGUCUCGUCUCCAUUUAGGCUCUCGGAAGAUUUUUAUAUCACUGUUGAAGAAGCGAGCCCAGGCGGGAAGCGGGAAAAUGCUCUGUAUACUUCUUUUUCAGUAUCUGGUUCGCGGCCAAAUGUCGCUCAACUGAUCCAACAACUUUCGUGGCUCACCGCCGUCUUCACCCUUCCUACGAAAAAUGUUCUAACCUUAUCGACAGCGAACGUGCACGUUUCUGACUCUGGAUUAAUUGAGAUCCGGCCCAAGAAGAUUGCAAUUGAGAACUUAGCACACGACGCAGGUGGGCUGGAGAGUGAUUCCAGUUGCUGGCAUCGACUUUUCCCGGGUGCUGUCCUAGCCUACGGAUUCCCUAUAUCCAAGCGCAAGGAAGGUGUAGGGCUGGAGAUACCAUUCGAUCUGAUGGUUGGCCUCGCAGAUAUUCGCACCCAGAUAGAUGUUGGCGGAGGAGCCACCAUCCUAGGCGGACCAGGCAUCGCCUUAUACCCGACGAAGACACUGAAGAAUGGCGUCCAGUGGCACUGCGCUGGGGUUGACGAUGACGACUACGUCGCAGGUAGCAAUAAGUCCAUGGCAGUUCUUGAGGACUACGACUUAAACGACCUAUCAGGGCGGAGGACAUUUCUUGGGUAUUACUCAGAAGCAGAGGUGCUCCUAGGCACUAUGGAACUGGUGAACUCAAAGGCAAAUGGCAGCUCGCAACCAGGAUUUCCACUUGCGCCGCCGAGAAUAGAAUUCGCAAACGAGGGUACAAUCUCCCCUAGCAUCAACGUGAAGGGAGUUUUUACGUUGGCCUUUGCUGCAAAGUACCAAUUGUCGAAAACGCUGCGAGUAUCGCUUGAGGGCCGAGGAUACCACGACUUGGUGGAUGAAGCUCAACGACAGCCAACCAUCAUUUACGACGGAGAAACAAAGUCCGCAUGGCUCGUGUCGGAACUGAGUGCGGUACUUCACCUUGUGCUAUCCUAUCUGUCCAAGCCUCAUAUCCAGGAUCGACGAAGGUCCGGCUGCGCGACACUGGAAGGCAAAUGGCCGCUAUUGCCAUACGCCGAACCGUCAGCGGAUGGAGGUAUUGAAGCACGGCGAGUCUGUAAACAUCCCGAGAACUGCAAACUUGCGCUCUGGGCGGAAGGCACAAAAACAAAGACAUUCUCAGAUGUUGUGGAGGAUACACUUCGAGACUUCCGAGCACUGAGAGAUGGUGUUGUGGUGCAAAGAAAGACUUCGGCGCUUUGGCCGCAGAAAUGCGGGCUUAGAGGCUGGGAAUACUCUGAUCUUCUUAUGCGGUCAGGUCAAAUGUUGCAGAGAGAAGUACCUCGCGAUAAUGACCACGAAGCUUCGUGGUGGGAUCUGGUGAACUCGAUGGACGCUUUGGUCAUUCUCGGCAGUGGCUUCGGGUCCAUCAUCAGGCCGAAAGCAAAGACCAAGAACCCUAUUGAGCCUACUAAUAUUCCAUCCGGAUCGAGGCUGCUUAUUGCUAGCAAACCAUGUAUCAAUGCGUUGAAGACUUCUGAUAGGGGUGCAUUCAUCAUUGGCUCCUUGGAAUGGAGGUCGGUCAAGGGCCGUCCGCCGUCGUGUAACAUGUAUUGCGAUGAGAGGUCUUGCAGGUGUAUACAGGUCCUUAGGAAAGAAACUUCGUCUGUUUUCCACUCUGAUCCCACCGAGGCUCCGAAGCGAAAGGUGUUGGAAGCUCAAGCUGUUAUCUUUGGAGAGUCCGAGCAUUACCAUGCUGCGUUGAAGGGGCGGUGGGUGAAGCAACAGAGGCGAUGA